GAGAGAUGGAAAUGGUAGAGAUCGAGAAUUCAUCCGAAUGGGUAAUCAAAGUGCAGGACAAUGUCGAUCAAAUGGACAAUUCCAAAGAAGUAGAGUUUUGGAAGAAACGUUCAAUUUACAGAAUUCCAGACUCGGUUAUUAACAUCAACAAGAAGGCCUACAAUCCUCAAUUCGUCUCUUUUGGACCUUAUCAUCACGGAGAAGAACAUCUCAAAUCCAUGGAGGAUCAUAAGGAACGUGCCCUCCUUCAUUUCCUUAAAAGAUCGAAAAAGCCUCUCAAUCUUUACGUUCAAUCAUUGUCUAAUUUGGUGAAGGAUUUAAAAGAAUCUUAUGAUUCAUUGGACGCUUUUCAUGCGUGGAAUGACGAUGCGUUCCUUAAACUAAUGAUUCUCGACGGUUGUUUCAUGCUUGAGGUCAUGAGGACAGCAACUCAAACGCUCGAUGAUUAUGCUCAUAACGAUCCUAUAUUUAGUAAUCAUGGAAAGCUUAACAUCGUACCGUAUAUUAGAAGAGAUAUGCUCAUGCUGGAGAAUCAACUACCUUUUUCUCUCCUAUGCAACUUGGUCGCCAUUGAAAAUGGCAAAUUCAAGGACGAUGAAAGAAAAGUAAUCAAGCUAGUGUUGAAAUUCUACUCCUUAUCAACAACAGUAAACAACAUUACAGAAAUGAAUGGAAAAAGUUUACAUAUAUUAGACAUCUUUAGAAAAAGUCUUUUAUGGCAAGAUCCAAAAAAACUAAAGAAAAUAGAAUCCAAGAACAAGCUAAAAACUAUCCACGAAGACAGCGGGGGAGGCGGAGAAGAGAUAGUUCGAUCAGCAAUGGAAUUAAACGAAGCCGGAAUCCAAUUCAAAAAAAACAAAUCUGGCAGCCUAAAGGACAUCACAUUCAAACGAGGAUCACUCAAACUCCCACUUAUAGUCGUCGAUGAUGCGACCGAAUCAAUGUUCCUAAACUUAAUCGCAUUUGAGCGUUUCCAUGUAGAUGCAGGAAACGAAGUUACCUCCUACAUAUUCUUCAUGGACAACAUUAUAGACAAUGCAAAAGAUGUCAGUUUGCUGCAUUCGAGAGGGAUAAUACAAAACGCGAUUGGUAGUGAUAAGGCGGUUGCGAAACUGUUUAAUUCACUUUCGAAAGAUGUGACGUUGGAUCCAAAUAGUGGUUUGGAUCGAGUUCAUAAGAAAGUUCAUCGGUAUUGUAAGAAGAGUUGGAAUGAAUGGAGGGCGAAUUUGAUUCAUACUUAUUUUAGAAGUCCUUGGGCAAUUUUAUCGGUGAUUGCUGCUAUAGUUCUGUUUGCUCUUACGAUUGCUCAAACGAUUUAUACUGUUUAUCCUUAUUAUCAUCCUAGUGGUGGAGAUAGUUCUUCUCCGCCACCUUCCACCACGCCUAAAUCUUGAUUUUCUGGCGUGAGGUUAUGGAGGAUUUCGUGUUUGGUGUUGUUUUAAAUUUAUGAGUUUGAGCGUGUUGUCUUCAAUAAUUGAGAGUGUUUGUUAAUUCCCAUGUUUUAUGAUAUGGAAAAGUAUUUGAUUUGAUAAAAUUG